AUGAGGAGCGCAGCAACGGCACAUUCGAUUUCCAUCAGUGGUUUAUCGUCGACAUCUUCAUCGUCUUCCUCAUCCCCAUCUUCCAACUCUUCAACAUCAGAUAUCACUGAUCUCUCCAAAGAAGCAUUUACCAAGCAUCACUUCACAAAAUGCGCGGAAUUACUGAGAAAAGCUUUGGAUGAAACUAAAGAUGAUGCCGAACGACGUCGUUUGUAUGCCAAUUUAGCUCUCUGUGAAGCGAAGAGCAAAGCACAGUUAUAUACUGCUAGUUACCAGACUGAGCUUCUCAAUAUUUUUCCCAAACUGAAACCCGGUGGGGAUUACAAUUUAGAUGAUAAUGACGAAGCAGUUGCUGCAUUCAACCUAGCACUAAAUGCUUUUGUUCGAGGAAAUCGGCGAACUUGUCUCGAGAUUCUGCAAUACGUGAUGAAUUCUGCAAUACGUGAUGUUAAUACUUUAUCAGAUACACUCUUUUGUGCCGUUUCGUUAUUGGAAAUUGAAGUAAGUCUAACUUUAUGUCAACCAAAAUUAGCACUGAAGCAAGCAAUCAGACUUCGUGAUAGCACUACAUGGCGUCGAGCAAACUUUGUUCAGCGUGAUUAUCUUGCUUGUUUGGAGUGCCGUAUACGGUGUCGCCUUGCACAGACGUCAUCGUUGAUCGACUUUACUUCGAAACCUGAGUUCUUGCACUGGUGCCUUGUCCAAUCAGAGUUUGAUGUAAAGAAUGGUAAUGCAACACGCGCGGUAAAUCGACUCUUGAAAUUCCGUCCUUCGCUUCAGGAUGAAGAACGCAGACUUGUAGAUAAUGCGCUUGGAUGCGUUUACGCUUUAUCGCUAAAGAAGAUAAGUUUGGCUGAGUCAUAUUUUCGAUCGGCAAUGUUGGUAAGGCAAGAAAGAAGAAAAAGUUGGCAGGAAUCAACAGUACCCAGACAUUGCUUGAUAUAUCACGCAGCUUUGGCCCAGUUGCACUGUGGAAAUGCGGAAUCUGCCUUUACACUUUUCCUUUCUAUCCUUCCAUUUUAUCCAAAACAACCCCGAAUUUGGCUGCGAAUUGCGGAAUGUUGUAUAUAUGCAUUAACAAAGAAUGGAAAUGAUAGCGUGGAUAAAGGACAAACGAUAGAAAUUGUAGGAACGGCACAGAACAGAUAUGCCAUCCUUCCAUCUAUCAGGGGAAACAACUGUAGUAAAGAAGUCGAUGAGGUACGAGAAAAUCAGAUUAGUUGGGAAUUUGCUGCACACUGUAUUCGAAAUGCGUUAAUUCUAACAGGCACUGAGCGGGAUUGCGUAUAUUUGCUUCCAUGGUUAUAUGCAGCAUCAUCCUUCAUUAAUCUGAAUCUUGGUCGUUAUGGUUUAGCACUGAAGGCAGCUUGUCAGCUGGCCAGUUUACAACAAGUUUCUCCUCAUCACAAGCUUAUGGCAGUGCUUUUUAAAGCAGAAGCACUCAUGUUGUUGGAUCGUUUACCAGAGGCUGUAGGAUGUCUGACACAAGCUGUACCACUCCAAUCCAUGCCGAGCACGAUGUCAGCUGUUAUCUAUAAUAGAGCAUUGUUACAAGCGUUGAGUGGCAAUUUCCAUAAAUCAUUGGCAACCUUUGGGCUGCUCGGAACACAAUGCGAUAUAACAACAAUUCCGGAAGCAUUAUCCCUCGGUGUUUAUAUUAACAUGAAAUUAGAUAAGGACGAUGAGGCAAAACAUCUGCUUCUGCAACAAAUACAGAAAAUGAAAUAA